AUGGCUGCCGCCGCCGCGGAAUUACCGUCGGCGAAGAGAAGAAAAACAGACGCCUUAAUCGAAGGACUUCCCGAUCACAUAUCAGAGAUCUGCCUUUCCCUCGUCUCCCGGCCGUCGCUACUCGCCGCCGUUUGUACACGGUGGCGCCAUCUCCUCUACUCUCCGGAGUUCCCUCCGUUUACGUCUCUCUACGCGCUUUUCGUCGAUUCAAGUUUGGAUCCGGCUCCGGGUCACGGCCGGGUCAACCCGUCUAUCCGGUUUAUGUGUUUCGACCCGGUUUCUUCGAAAUGGGAUCCGCUUCCUCCACCUCCACCCGACCCACCUCUUCACCGGAUUGUAUACCGUCAUCCGUCGUAUAUUUCCUUUAAUUUACCGAUCCAGUGCGUCUCCGUCGCCGGAAAACUCGUUCUCAUCGCCGGAAGUAACCAAGAACUCUCUCCGGCCAUCUCUCACCCUCUAAUUUUUGAUCCGGUCUCAGCUACCUGGACCUCCGGUCCACCAAUUGGAUCUCCGAGACGGUGGUGUGCUACCGGAGCUUGCGGCGGAGUGAUCUACAUGGCGAGUGGGAUGGGUUCGCAAUUCUCGUCAACCGUCGCGAAAUCAAUCGAGAAACUGGAUCUCAAGGAUCGUAAUCGGAGUAAUUGGGAGAAAUUGAGAGAGAUGAGAGACAUACGGUUUAGCCGGGAAGCCAUAGACGCAGUUGGAUGGAGAAAGAAGCUUCUAAUGGUGAAUGUAAAAGGCGACGCGAUUAAAGAAGGAGCCAUAUACGACGUCGUUACGGACGACUGGGAAUCGAUGCCGGAGGAGAUGCUGGUUGGGUGGAGAGGACCGGUGACGGCGAUGGAGGAGGAUUCGCUUUACUCGGUGGAUGAGACGAAAGGAACAGUCAGAAAAUACGACGAGGAGAAGAGAGAGUGGAGAGAAGUUACGGUGGUGGAAAAUGGAGAGGAGAUGCUUAAAGUAGCUCGGCAAGUUACAGCAGUCGCCGGAAAACUUUGUGUCAUUACCGGUGACGGAAGAAUUGUCGUGGUGGAUGUUGUGGCGGAGCCGGCGAAGAUUUGGACCGUGGAGAUCCCUGAAGGACUUGAACCGGUUUCGGUUCACGUAUUACCAAGAAUGAGCCGACCGGAUAUUUCCUGA